UCACACUUGAAAUUUGUUUAUUUUUUCUUAUCCGUCACCAUUCAUUUCAAAUAUAAACAGGUAAUGCUCAGUCUUAUAGAUUGUCUGCCUUAAAAAAAUUUAAAUGAAACAUAAACAAUUUAGUCUCUUGCCGACCACCUACAUUUAUUUAAGCAAGUUCAAAUUAUAAAGAAAUUCAGUUAAAAAGUUCUUCUUGAGUGAAGUAGGACCCACUCACUCAAGGACUUCUAUCUGUUCCUUGAUACAGAUUCGCACAAUUACCAUAUUAUUCUAAUAUCAGGCAUACUAAAAGGUAUAGCACUAAGUGUACAUAGUUACUGGGUCUAAUUUUAUUAGUUGCCUAUGUAAAAGUAUUUUUUGUCUGUUCAUUAUUCCCCAGGUGCUCCUUAUAGAGAGUUACCUCGUUAAACAGUAAGUAAUGGAAGUUGCCGCAUUGUUAGAAAAGUAAAUAACACCAUUUCAAUAAUCAGUCAUUACAGACAGUUUUAAUAGGCUAGUAGGCCUACACAUGACGUACCUCUGUCCAUGUAGUUUACACGUACCGGGGGAAUAGAUAGACACACCAGGCUAUUGGUAAGCCAUAUUGUUAUUAUGGACUUACAAAUAAAUUACAUUAUUGAUCUGUUUUGGUGGUAACGCACACUUUCAAAGAGUACCGCCUUGUAUAAUAAAGCUCACAGUAAUUUCAUCGUUCUUAAGAUAUCCAUUGAUGGGACGACCGGACCACUAGUCAUGAUUAUGCCAUCCAAUCAGAUACACUUCUUCUUGUGACAUCACUGGAUGAACACAUUUUAUACGAAGUGACAGCAUUCUUAGAUACCGAGUGAUUUGAUUGGUUGAUAUGCAUUGACAGCUCAUCUGGCGGGGAGUUCCCCACUUAAGUAAAGUUGUCAGACAGUUACACGCACUGAUGAUCCAAAAGUUUGCUAGAAAUUAUUCUCAGAUCCCAGAAGACUGCACACAACGAUAGUUAUUAUUUGAAUGUAGGCAUAAAUAUUAAGCCACUCUCUUAUUAGCAACGACCACGGAACAAUCGCUUGAUUUGCCUAUUGGGCCUAUAUGGACCUACGAAAAAACAAACUUAUUGAGGUUGGAAGAGACAACGAAAUAAUAGAAGUUAGUGCACUGCAAUUAUAGAAAUCGCCUGCUUUAACAUUAACAUUCUGUCAUGUUGAUUUGUUUCACUGCGAACAGUUUUCCUUAAAAUUAGUAAAAGAAGACGAUACUUUAUUUCUGGUAGUCGGAUAUCAUUGAUUGAGAUGACUUUGGUAAUAACGUAACGUCAUUCGUUGAAACUCUUCUAAAUAUACGUCAUCGCAACUUAUUAAUUGGACUUGAAAUUGGAAACACAUACCUUUGUUCGCUAUGGAUGUAUACAUUAUCUUUACCGUAUUUAUGUUGAAAUGGAUUACGCGAGUGGAUUGCGGUAUAAUACAACACAGAGACAUUCGGGCCCUGUCGGAAAUGAUAUGUCCCCCUUGCGAGGAGGUUCACUGCUCGCCUAGAAAAGCAUCAAAACUGAAGUGUCCAGGGGGCGUGACGACGGGCGUGUGCGGCUGCUGUCCGGAGUGUGCAAAGCAAGAGGGUGAAAAAUGUGGAAGUCGAUGGGAUUACUUAGGUAAAUGUGACGCUGGGUUAGAAUGCGUAGAAUCGAAUGAAGAUACGACGGCAAAUAACGAACCAUUCCCCGCCGGAGGUGGAAUCUGUAAAAGAAAUCCAAUGAGAGACGAAGCAGUGUCGGGCUGUCAACCAAAGUGCACUCCAGAUUUUUGCAAAGAAAAUCCAAAAGCCAUUUGCUCCGCCAUAAAUAAUGCAGAUGUUAAGAUGGAUUGUCAAGGUGAAUGCCAGCACACAUCUUGUAUGGCGUGCGAGUUUGUGUCAACUGAGCCAGAAUGCGGGCGUUGUGGAAAGAAUGAUUUCCGAUGCAUGCGGCAAUAUGCAAAAUGCUUAAAGAAACAUGUGUGUGAGAAGAGGUUCCCAUGUGGCUUGGGUUCCGAAGAGGUGAGAUAUGAAGGUCAUGAUUUUGAGAAUGGCAAAUUCCAGUGUCGAGUUCCAUUUUGCGUCGGUAACUAGAAAAAGUUGUAGACUGUUGAUGUUUUCCAUUCAACAUGCUUCAAAAGUCACCGCCAAAUCGAGCAGGUAGUUUGAAUUUAAUAUCGCUAUAAACACGAACAUUAUGCAAUGAAGACGGCCGCAAGAAUGUUAAAGUGCCAAUCAAGAUAGCAAAAGAGUCAAAGAGAGCACACACAUGUAGCACUGAAAGUUGGAUGCAGCAACAGGCAAUAGUAGUGCUGAGUGAUGGGCAUAGUAGCGAACUUACCAUAUUCAAAACAUUGCAACUGUAACACUAAGAAUCUGCCAAUGUGCGAAUCUCUAGGAACUCUUUAUAGCAAUUGUAACUUUGAGAAUAUCUUAUUGCAACUACAAACCCCAGACAACUGUAGCACUGAGAAUCUCCAUAGCAACUGUAACCCUGAAAAUCUCUAUAAAGACACUGCAUAAACGAGAAUCUCCACAGCAACUAACACUGAAAAAAAAUCUUCAUAGAAUUUGCCAAACUGAAAAUCUCUACAACAACUGCAAAACUAAGAUUUCUUUAAAAAAAAUCUACACCUGAUGAAGCCAGCAUAGACUGCUGGCAAAAGCUUGUGUAUUAAAUUAUUCAAGUUAUCUACAAAGAGCUAUCAGUUUUUUUAUUUCAUGUACAAAUAAGAAAGCUUUAUACCUUUAUAAUCUCUCGAAUGACUAUACAAGAAUUGCUUAUAGCAUGGAAAAUGGGUCUUUUCAUAUUGACUGCAACUUUGAAAAUACCUACUAGAUUGCAACUGCAACACUCAGUAAACUGAAAAUUCCUACCACAAUUGCCAGGGCUGCAACUACGAAGAAAGAAAACAAGUAGCAUUUCACUGUGUUGCCAGGACAGAUUACUGACUCUUUAUGAAACACUACCAAUAGAAUUCGUACAAUUGUGUGAUAGGUUCAAAUUAUCUACAUUGUAGUAGAUAAGUAAUAACAUAAUUGUUUAAUUUAUAAAUUGAUAUGUAAAAUGUAAAUAGUGAUGAAAAUUUAGUGCUCUAUAGAGAUUGAAUAAAAUUCUAGUGUGAAAAGGUUCACCAGUAGUAUUUAAAUGUAGUUGUGCUUCUUGCAAUUGUAUAUGAUACAAUAUACCAGGCACAAUUGUGUCUAUGUUAACAAAAAAAAUCAGCUUUACCUAUGUAAAUUUAUAUUCUCAUGAGAGUGUUCAAAUCAGGUGUACUAAUUUCUAGUAAAACAUUUCUAUAGUUGAUAUACAUCAGUGUUAUAUGGGUUAUUUUCCACAAGAGAAUAAUUUUUUGUUUUUGAUUGAGAUGAUAGAUUAUAUAAUAAAAGAAUACAUAACCAAAGAUAUUUUAAAACACACUGUAAACACGGAGGUUGUUGGCGCGGAGGUUGUGAACCGUCCAAACAUAAAGCCAGAAGUUUGAUUGCGAUUCUUGUCAAGUGCUUGAUUCCUUGGCAAAGAUGCAAUCUUUUAGUGGGUACCUGGUCCAUUUGAUUGUCAAUAUACAGAUUACGACCUGUAACAUUUUAUAGAACACCCCUUCGGGAAGCCGUAAUACACCCCCAGGGAGCUGAGUAUGCCUUCCAAAAGCGUUGUUUCAAUGACUGGGGUAAUAACGUGGGUGCCUGGCAAUAGGCAGGGCUUGGCAAUAGACAGAACUACAACCGAUAUUUUUUUUGUGAAAUGAAACAACUGGCAAAAACUCUUAGUAAUAGAGUAAUGCAAUACAUAACCUAAAUAAAAAUGGCUAUAAAUAAAGUUAUAUAAAAACACAUGAUUAUGUGAAAUUGAUUAAUGCAGAAAUAUGUUGGAUUUUAUUUUUUGAAAACUUUAUUUACUGUGAUGAGGACCUGUAAUACAUUUCUAUAAUAUUGUGUUUUUCAGACAUAAUAUGUAAUAUGGUAAAUUUAUAUCCUUGUUUGACUUCCAAUGUUUUGUAAAAAUGAAAAUUAAGUUAUUUCUGACAUCAAUAUUAUAAUAAAAAUAAUAAUAUAUUAUCCUUGAUUUUUACUGCACAUAUAAAGGGCCAGAAUUCAGAAAUCUUUUGAAUUAGAAGGAAGGCCAUUUUAGCCACCAACCUGCAUGCCCCACUGUUUACAAGAAAAUCAGAUUCAUUUUUUAUAUUUCAAUGUAACUCUUACCUAAUUUUUAUACAAACAAAAACAUGAACCAGAAAAUAUAUUUAUUUAAAAUAUGUUAUGUUGCCUUACUCCCAGUUGGCCUAUCACAUGUGCUGAUGCAUAUUACAGUGUUCUCUAGCAAUAAUAUAGUCAUAAUAAUAAUUUACUUACUUCUUAUUACUUUUGUGGAAAAUAUUAUUCUUUAAAAGUGUAACCAAAAAAGUAGGGAGACUAUUUAAUUUUGAAAUUUAUUCCAGGCUUGGUAGUAUUAACCAAUAUAGAGAUACUGUAAAUAAGAUUUGCGAAGUUUUGUAAAGAGAGUAAUGAGUAUGACAUCUUGAUUUUGAAUAUUGUACUUGUAGGCGUUAAGCAGUGCUCAAUUAAAUCGUCAAAAUCAGAAAGUGUUUGGAAUUGACUUCUA